AUGAAGUUGAUCAGCGCCCAAUGCCAUGAGCUUAUGCAUCACAUGUGCGAACAGAUAUCAAAUUCAAAUCUGCAACAGAGGGUGAAAGGUGGCGUUUAUGCAGCCAUCUUCUGUGCUAUCAAGAAUGGGAUUUUUGAGUUUGUAUUCGAUGUAGUGAAAGCAAAUUCAGAGCUUCUGCGGAGCUUUGAUAGAGACUCAAGAACCAUAUUUUCUACUGCAGUCCUAUAUCGUCAAGCUAAAAUAUUUAGCCUUAUCUAUGGGCUAGAAGCAAAGAACCUUUUGACAUAUUAUAGCGAUGUCCACGGCAAUCAUAUUUUACAUAUGGCAGGGAUGUCAGCAGCUUCCACUCUAAUUAAUCGCAUCCCAGGUGCAGCUUUGCAGAUGCAAAGAGAGCUACAGUGGUUUAAGGAGGUGGAGACCAUUGUCCAUCCCAAGGUUAAGGAAGCUACAAAUAAAGAUGGUUUGACUCCUCGACAAUUGUUUACGGAGAAACACAAGGACAUGAUGCAAGCAGGAGAGCAAUGGAUGAAGGACACAUCAACUUCUUGUACAGUUGUAGCUGCUCUCAUUGUCACCAUUAUGUUUGCUGCAGCCUUUACCGUUCCAGGUGGCAACAACCAAGAUACAGGCUUCCCAGUGUUCUUGCAUAAAAAAUUGUUUAUGCUCUUUAUAAUAUCUGAUGCACUAUCCCUCUUUUCCUCCUCAACCUCAGUCUUGAUGUUUUUAGGAAUCCUUACUUCACGUUACGCAGAAGAAGAUUUCCUUAAAUCUUUGCCAACGAAGAUGAUAAUAGGCCUUUCCAUGCUUUUCUUCUCCAUUGCAACCAUGAUGAUAGCCUUUUCUGCUGCUUUAUUAAUUAUGCUACAUGGACAAUCAUGGCUCGUGAUUCCUAUCAUUUGUUUGGCUAGUGUUCCAGUCACCCUAUUCAUAUUGAUGCAGUUCCCCCUUCUUCUUGACAUGUCCAUUUCAACUUUCGGACCAGGCAUCUUCGACAGGAAAAUGAAACGGUGGGUAUAAU